UACGGUUCUCAAACGGUUGUUCUAGUGGGAAUCGGGCGCUCAACCAGGAAGGGCAAAAUGGCGCUGAGCAGUGGGAAGACGAAGCCGCAACAGGCCAAAAAUAUUGGUGCUGUGAUCAGCCGUAUUUUUGUGCCACCAAAGCUUCUAGUUGUAGACAAGCGUACGAUUGAAAAGUCGUGGAAAAUGAUGGACAAAGUUGUAAAAAUGUGCCAGCAUCCUCGGAUGAAUCUUCGCAACAGCCCUCCCUUCAUUUUGGACAUCCUUCCAGACAGCUAUCAGCACUUACGCUUGAUUUGUUCGAAACACGAAGACAAACUGCAGGUUCUGAAUGAGUGCGAAUACUUCAGAAUAUUCCUCGAAAACCUUAUGAAUAAAUGCAAGAACACAAUCAAGUUGUUUCGUGAUGGAAAAGAAAAAAUGUUUGAUGAAAACUCACACUGCCGACGCAAUCUGACCAAGCUAUCGUUGGUAUUUUCUCAUAUGUUGGCUGAACUGAAAGCCAUAUACCCAGGCGGAAUCUAUAGUGGAGAUUCAUUCAGAAUAACGAAGGGCGACGCAGCAGAGUGGUGGAAGCGAUCAUUUGGGGACAAGAUCAUUGUUCCAUGGAAGGAAUUCCGGAUUACCCUGCACGAGACCCAUCCUAUAGGCUCACCUUUGGAGGCAAUGGCACUGAAGUCCACCAUUGACCUUACCUGCAAUGAUUAUAUAUCUGUUUUUGAAUUUGAUGUAUUCUGCAGGCUUUUUCAGCCAUGGAAUAAUUUGUUACGCAACUGGAAUGUCUUGGCUGUGACCCACCCUGGAUAUGCAGCAUUUCUGACCUAUGAUGAAGUAAAGGAACGACUAAAGAAAUAUAUCAACAAGCCAGGGAGCUAUGUGUUCCGCCUGAGCUGUACAAGGCUAGGUCAGUGGGCAAUAGGGUACGUGACCAGCGAUGGGCAAAUUCUUCAAACAAUUCCACAGAACAAGUCACUGUGCCAGGCACUUCUGGAUGGCCAGCGUGAAGGGUUCUUUCUGUACCCGGAUGGCCGUAAUGUUAAUCCAGAUCUGAGUUUUUUGGUUCGUGACUGUGAGGAGGACCACAUCAGGGUAACACAGGAACAGUAUGAAUUGUACUGUGAAAUGGGCUCCACCUUCCAGCUUUGCAAAAUCUGUGCAGAGAAUGAUAAAGAUAUCCGACUUGAACCUUGUGGGCAUCUCUUGUGCACACCCUGUCUUACACAGUGGCAGGACUCUGAAGGACAGGGAUGCCCAUUUUGUAGAUGUGAGAUCAAGGGAACAGAACAGGUGGUUGUUGAUCCUUUUGAUGAUCGGCCACAACCCAAAACCGAAUGCCGACCUUUGCACAGCCCACAUGUUGAAAAUGAUGAUGAUGAGCCAGAUGGCUGCACUACAACUCUUCAUGCACUUGCAGUCACAGCCCGAGCACGUGAGCGAGGCUCACCAUUUGACUCACCAGCAAUGAAUCGGCGAGAUGUGCCACCUCCUGUGCCUCCUCGAACUCUUUCCCCAGCACCUUCACCAAGCACGUCCCCAAAACCUCCAAGACGACAGCUUCCACCUACACCUACUCAGAAUGAAAAGCUCACAGCACCCAAUUCUGUCAUCAACACAACUGAAAAGGACAGUCAUGGUAUCAGCUACGCAGAGCUGUGUUAUGAUGUUCCCACACAACACAAACCACAACAAGACAGCACAUACCCUGAUUCCCAUUAUGACCGCCCACCCCCCAGUCCCCACCCACGUGAGCUCCCUUCCACCAAGCACAGUUCUGGAGGCAAUGCACGCCCACCUCUUUACCGCGUGCCCAGUGAUUAUGCAGCUCCCCCACCUCCACGUAGUACACACCCAUCAAUGGGGGACUCAUCAUAUAUGUCACGUCCCGAAGAAGUCGCCCCAGUGGCACCACCAAGGCGAGAAGGGCUGCAUGAAAACCAAGAUGUCAACAAAGAGAAUGCAGGUGACUGGGCACCCCCUAGUGAAGAUACUAUAAGCAGUUUGGUGCGGCAAGGAUAUUCACGUGACCGUGUCAUCGAUGCAUUGCGAGUAUCACGCAAUAACCUGAAAAUGGCAGAAGACAUUUUACGGACGUUUGUAAAACAAAGUCAUUGACAACGACUGUAAGCAUACAUUUGGAGUUGAAUGGCAUUGUAUACUGCAGGCUGUCUAUCUUCCCAUGCACGUUGCAGCUGCUGCUUUGAAAGACAUCUGCAUGCAUCAGCUCAGGCAACCAGUCUGCUCACAUAUUAGUCUGAUGGAAGAGUCUUUAUGCCCGCACCACUGGGCAAGCUGCUUCAUGGCAAAGUGGAAAGCUUCUUUGGUAUUAAGAAAGGAAUGACUCACUUCAGAGAAAGAGACAUUCAGUUGACCUGAAACCAAGAUCAUGAUGGUUCAUGAUUCCUUUUUUUUUUUUUUCUUUUGUGACCAGCCACUGUGUGGAGGUCCUCGGUGUUCACUGCAGGGAUCUUGAAUAUUUGAUGUUUUCUAAAGGUUUACUUGCAACAUCGAGUUUGCCAGGGGAUUUUCAGGCCUGCAAAAUCACUUUUCAGACUACGUGGUCUCCAAGGCAAGAUUUCAAAACCAUGUUCCAGAUGUAGACCUAGUGACUUCACUGAUGUUCUCAUCUUAUUGCUUGUUAUGCCUGCUGGACAGUGCUGCCCAUGCUGUAUGCUCGUCAGAUGAGAGGUACAAACCUGUACGCUGUACUGCUCUUGAGUGCCUGCCUUGUGUGUUAGAACCCUAUUUGCAGGGGACGACCCACCGAUCUGAAUUAUCUAACCAUGCCCGGCCCUCGAAGUUGGAGGAGCAUGCAGGAUUCCUCACUUCCCACCCAAUGUAAACAGUAUUUUCUGUUAAUGUCUUGUCAUUAUUUGGCUAUUAAUAUAUUUUUUUUAAAGUCAGGGGAUAUGUGCAUUCUUUAUACAUCUGUGUCCAUAGAUGUGCAUGGUUUCCUUGAACAGAGAAUAAUAUGGCCUUGACUAUUGAGUUAAUUAUUUCUUUUAGUUGCACAUGUAUGCAACUCCUCUGUUGAUGUAUAGCUUCACCCAACAAACAUCACAGUAUGAAAUACUCACUUUGGAUGCAACUUUGGGACAUGACCUGCAUUCUGUGACUGUCCUUUUUUAUAAAUAAGAGUCAAGUUUAUGUCACCCUAAGGAAACACCCUGUUUAGUUUGUGAUCUUUUCAGUUUGAUAAUUGAGUCAGUUCACAUCAUAUGUUAGGAUUGUGAUGGGAGUAAGCUACAAUAAUUAAAUAUCUUAAAUCUGUGGCCUUCAGAAAACAGCAGCAAGUGUUGUCUGGCAAAGACACGUACCCAUGAUUAUCUGGCUUUUUGUAACUGUUAUUUCUUGAAACUGUAAAUUGAUGUAUAUUUAUAUGUCUAACAUGUGCUGGGUAUUCUCAACUUCAAAGCAGGCAAUUUACUUGUGUUUACUUUUAGAAGAUGCAUUUUCCAGUCAUCAUUUAGUGAUGAUGGAAGGUAAUCAUGGACUGUAUGCUCACAUUCAAGGAGAAUUGAUUGAAAGUAGUCAUUAAGCGAUUGCUUCUAAAUACUGUCACAGAAUAUGCAUGGAAAAAGCAGAUGUCCACCAUGUUUAGCAAAUUAUUAUCCUUAUAUGUGGUUCAUCAAUAUUCUUCUGUUUUAUUAUAUGGAUGUGUGUGGGUAUGGCUAGGAAGUGAACAAGUGUGGAUGCAUUCCUGUAACAUUACAGACAAUAUGCUCCUGGAAUUUGUUUUUUAAAUAACUUCUGUAUUCUUUGAUAUGAAACUUUAUGUAGAAACUGUAUCCUUCUUUUCAAAUGAAAGUGCAGAAUUUUCAUGAGUACAGUUUAAUGUGGCUUUAGUCAAAGAAGAAUAUUGAUCAUAUUAAAGUAAAAUGUAACGAGACCAAUGUUGAAGCUUUUUUUUUUUGUUAAAAAGACAUAUUUUGGUAACUUUUUAGGUAAGGCAUUAAGAGCAGAAUAGAAAUUGUAGGACAACAACAGGAAUUUGUUGGAGUUUAAAUCAGUGGUGGUCCAAAGCACUUCUCAAUCUCACUUUUCUGAAUAGAAAAUGCUCAUUUUUGCUCAUUCUUGUUCAGUUAGGAAAAAAUUGGUGUGACACAGACAGUUAAGUAUUGCAAUUCUUCAUAAAUUUUCAGUGUUCUACAAUUUGCCAGAUUUGUGCAAUCUGAGAUUCACUAAGGAUUGUUUUGCUAAUAUAUAUUUUUCCAUCUGCUAAUGAUGUUGUUAAUAAAUAUGGUAUAGAGUUGUUUUAUUUAAAGGUUUCUUUGCUUUUCUUCUUUAUUAGCAUUUUUAAAAUGUUAUGAUAUGGGCUUUUCAAAAAUAUUGCUGCCCUUUGUUGCAGUCGAUACAAGUUUUCAGCAUUAAAUAUUUUCUGCAAGCUAAACACUGUAAAUGCAUUUUUUCAAUGCUAUAUGAUGGUUGAGUGGGUUAUGUUCAGAACUGACAAUAUUUUAUUGUCAUAUGAUCCACUUAUUUAGCAUUUAAAAAACUAAAAAUUCACUUAACAUCAUCUUCUUUAUUUACCUUUGUGUUCUACAAUGACUAAUUCUGGACAUCCAUAUUUUGAAACAUGAGAAACUAAUAGGUGAUUAAAAUCUAAUAGACAAUCUGUAAAAUAUGGAAAGGAGACUUCAGUGGACAGUUGAUUUACUUUGAGAACUUUUAGACAACUCUGUAAUUGGUGCACUCAGUAAUCACUGGUUCAGCUCCUUUCCAUACACCCCUUCCCUUCUAUCCACACAGCAGUUUAAAAUAGUACCUGCCAAAUGGGUAAAGAUGAAAGAGGGAAGUGUUGGGCUCCACCUUCCACAUGGCAUGUCCUAGGGAUGAGAAGCUGUUUAUAUUCACUUGGUUUUGGGGCUCUAGGAUAUUUCACUUUUUAAACUGCAGGCUGUCACGACAGAAGGUGUCAGGGAAACUUUGGUCUUCGAUGUCAGUUCAAACUUUGAGCUUUGAUCCAUCAUCUUGAUGACAAAACAACGAUAGAUUUUACUAUACUCUGUCAAAAAAAAAAUUGCCACAAUCAUUUUUGUAUGAAAAUAAAGGGAAACAUGUUGAUGAGACGUUUCUCCCCAGUUCUAUAGCAUAUGAUUUAGCAGGGAAGAGCAGGUUUCAAAAACAGUUUGUCCUUUGUUUUUUUCUGGAAGUUGAAUAGGGGUUGAUUUGCAACAGUAAAAGAGUUUUGCUAAAUCCACACUCACAUGCAUGAAACUGGGAUUACAUCAUGAUUUUAGGUUAUCAAAAUAGGUUUUCAAACUGAUUCACUUUCUACUCAUAAUUAUUAUGAUUAUAAUUCAUUCUACAUGGUUAAUUAGCUAAAGCAGGAUUCCAAAUGGUUGACUGCACAUCCCUGCUGCCUUUCCAUGAAUGUAAGUAAAUGCACACUUUCACUUGUUAAUUUAAUCUUUCCAGAGCAAAUUUGUAAUGUAAAUGGUGAAUAUUGAUUUUAUAUAUUUUGAUACUGAGUGUGUAAAAUGUUGUCUUUACUUUUCCACAGAAAAAUAUAGGUACUUUGCUUGUGUACUUUUGCUGCACUUUAGAUAUGUUUGUUCACGUAAGUUUAAUGAAAUAUUUUCUUUCAUUGCUUAUUUGAAGGAUAUGAGUAAAAUUUAAGCUGACCAGCAAAUGUUGAUUUAUGUAUUUACAAGUUUGCUUAUGGUGUUCUGUCCCUUGAUUUACAAUCAUUUUCAUUUGAAAUGGAAAGGAUGUUUAUAAUUGUGUCAUGCAUCUUGCUAUUUCUCCCAUUUGGUGCAUUUUGAAAUGUGUGAACGUAUGUUUUAGUAUGGAGUAGAGAAGAGAAUUGCUGUUCAGUGAAAAUGUUCAUUUUCAUACCAAUUUCCAUGUGUGAUGUUUGUUUGUGGAUGUAUUUCACUGUAGAAAAUAAAAUUCUUUACUGGCAGAUACAGGCUUCUGCUCUUUGUUCAUCUUGGUUAUGCAGCAUUGCAGUUGUUGAAUCUCCAGAUUGAAAUUAUUUUUCUGGCAUUCAUUGUGUUCAUUAGUAGAUGCCUCAGCAUAGAUUAUACAAACAGCAGUAUUGUAUAUGCUUCACAUGGAUGUCUGUCAUCUGUAGAGUUGAUGUUAGUAUGCUUGUGGCGUAUAUUGAUGGCUUUUUUUAUUGUGGUAUGACAUGUCUGUUUUUAAGAUGGCUACACAAUGAACAUGGCUCUGAAAGUAAAUUUUUUUUGUAUUAUUAUUUUUAACAGCAAGCUGCAUUGCUUUUGUCUGCUGACUGAAAAUUUGAAGAGAGUUACAGUAUGGGGCCAAGAUUAAGUGGCAGGCUAUUUUACCUUUAUAAUAAUGUACAGUUCACAUUAAGUGCUCCAUGAGUUGCAACUGCGCUCUUCAUGGCAGAACACAUUUAUUCUCAGUUGUUUUGUUUUUUUUGUAUACCAUCCUCAUUUGUAUUAUUAUAUUUUGCUAAGGUAAGUGGUUUUCCAAGACCCUGCCUAAAUACCUAUGAUUUACCAACAUUUGUCAUCUUGUAACUGGUGACAGGAGUGUUAAGAUAACUGAUCCCUGAACACUUCAAAGCACAAAUAAUCUUCUGGAAUGUUAGUCAUAUCUUUGGCUGCAGGUGUAUAUACAAUUAAAAAAGCUAAAUAAUACAUGAAAAUCAAAUUUUUGAAUCAGUUUCUUUGUAAUUUAUUUUAAUGUCUUUGUUUCGAUUCACAAAAAAUAUCAGGAGGUGUGAUUGCUUUGUGUUAUCCUGUGAUAAGUUCCAUUUUGAUUGAUUGCACACUCUUUUGUGGUGAAGAAAGGUUUGCUUGAGCUAGUUUUGUUCGAAAUCUUGUUUUACAGGUGUAUUACAUAACAAAGUCAACACAAUUUUUUUAUUUCCUUUUUUUUAUAGUGUACAAGUAGAAAAGUUGACAAACUGCUUUUUCUGCUUGAUUUAGUUCAGUGAACUUUUUUCCCUGUUGUUUGUUAAGAUCAAUGUAACCCUUUGCCUAUGACAAACAUGCAAGAUUUAAAAAAAUCUGUAUUGUUAGCACAUUCGCUAAUGUUAUUCAUCAGCUGAAACAUCACUUUUGGUUGAUUAAAAACUUCAAGAGUCAUCUGCUCUAACUGUAGCAGGUUUAAUAGGAAGAAUGAAGGCUCAAGCAAGAUGGCAUCAUUUUUUAUAUGCUUAGAUUAUGACUUAAAGAAGAUAUUACUUCUUUAAAACUAUGAUGAUAGAUAAAUAAGAUAUUUAAUGUGUUGUGCUUCAAUGCUUAAAUUACAUGGAGUGUAGUUACACACAUAUAUAUAAAAUUACAUCAGAAAAUGUUUUCCACAUAAGUUUAAAUCAAUUAUUCCAUUUGUGAUUAGUAAGGUUUUUAUAGGUUUUUUUUUUCCUUCCUUCUUAAAAAUAAGAACAUCACUCACCAGUCUCUCUGUUUAUUGACUACAGAUGGAUGACAGAGAUAUAAUAGUGAUUGUUAGUGCAUUGGGCAGGAGAGUGUUACUGGUUGACAUUAAGUUUACAGAAACUUACAACAGAUACUACCUCAGCACAUAGAGUACUAAAUAUUUCAAGUAUUUUUAAACUGUAUUAGCAAAUAUGCAUAGAUGUGCUUGAUAAUACACAGCAUUGUGUAUCCUUAAUAAUAGAGAAAAUUGAGAACAUCCUAAACAUGUUGUCAUAUAUUUUUAAUAGCUAAGUCAGGAUUUAGAGAAGGGUAUAUCUUGGAUGUUAUCCUUAUGGGAUAUAUCCUCUCUCUUGAUUUAAACUAUGCUCAAAAUUUAGUUUGAAAUUUGAAUUUUUCCCAUAUUUUUAUUGUUGACUUACACAUUUGUUUCUAAAACGUUUGAUGCUGACUUGGACAGAGAUGAUCCUAUUGCACACUAAGUUCAUUUCACUCAUUUUUUUACAAUUCAGUCUUUUCGCUUUUUUGUGAUUUUUUCAAAUCUGGCUUCACUGGUUAUAGUAAAAGGUAUGAUUUGCUUACUCUUAACAUUUCUGAGAUGUACAUCCUCCUGUCUUCACCAAUAUUUUUGGUCUUUUUCUUUUCAAAGAAUAUGAGCAAUAUGUUGGGUGUCUACUUUGCUGUUUGCUGUGAGAGAAUGGAACAUUUGUUGCGAAUGCUAAUCUGGCUACCUAAUGAAUACAAUGUGUAAUUUAUAAAAAAAAUAAUUUCCUGGCUGUGUAUACAGUGUUUUUUCUGCUCACUUCGUAUGCUAUGUAUGGUUCAGAAAAAAAAAUGUGUAGCGUUUUGUCGUGUGUAUGUACUCUAACAGAAGGCUACUUCACCCAGCAUACCUGUGCAUGAAUGAUUAAAACCAUGAAUAAACAUUUAUUUAUCUGAA